AUGGGUUUGUUUGCCUCCAAGUUGUUCAGUAACCUUUUUGGUAACAAGGAAAUGCGUAUUCUUAUGGUGGGUCUAGAUGGUGCCGGUAAGACUACCGUUUUGUACAAGUUGAAGUUAGGUGAAGUCAUCACUACCAUUCCAACAAUCGGUUUCAACGUUGAAACUGUCCAAUAUAAGAACAUUUCAUUCACUGUCUGGGAUGUCGGUGGACAAGACAGAAUUAGAUCUCUAUGGAGACACUACUACAGAAACACCGAGGGUGUUAUUUUUGUUAUCGAUUCCAACGAUAGAUCGCGUAUUGGUGAAGCUAGAGAAGUCAUGCAAAGAAUGUUGAAUGAAGACGAAUUGAGAAACGCUGCUUGGUUGGUUUUCGCCAACAAGCAAGAUUUGCCGGAAGCUAUGUCAGCCGCUGAAAUCACCGAAAAAUUAGGUUUACAUUCCAUCAGAAACCGUCCAUGGUUCAUUCAAGCCACUUGUGCUACCUCCGGUGAAGGUUUGUACGAAGGUUUGGAAUGGUUAAGUAACAGUUUGAAAAACUCCACUUAA